CAGCGCGGGCGCGGGGGAAGCUCUAAACCUGAUUGAGUUGGGGGUUCUUCAUUUCUUAUCGAUAAAGGCGGUCAGGCCUACUUCUGCCUACAGCCGGAACUCACCGCCUUCCCGAUGUUGAUAAUUAAUGGUUUCCGACCAAGAUUCGCGUCCGCGUGGCGCGUCUGACUGAAUCGUUUCUCUCACCUUACUUUUUCUUUUGGCAACUCACAUUGACGUUCCUCGUUGCUUUCGCUCCUUUCGAACCUGCAGUGGAUUUAGGCUAGGCUGGAAACCUUCAGAAUGCCUCGCAAGAGCAAAUCUCAGGCGCGAAGCGAGUCGCCCGAGCCUCCCAGCCCAGAGACCGACCUGUACGAGAUUUUGGUUGUCUCGAGCGAUGCUACCGCAGACCAGAUCAAGUCGGCCUAUCGGAAACAGGCACUCAAGCACCAUCCUGACAAGGUCCCAGCCGACGAGCGCGAUGCAGCAAACAAGAAGUUCCAGCAGAUCGCGUUCGCCUACGCCAUCCUCUCCGAUGCGAAGCGUCGCGAGCGAUACGACCUGACCGGCAGCACCAGCGAGGCGGUCGACGUCGACGAGGAUUUCAACUGGGCGGAUUUCUACCGCGAGCAGUUCUCCAGUGCCAUCGACACCAGCGCCAUCGACAAGCUGAAGCAGGAGUAUCAGGGCUCGGCGGAGGAGGAGCGCGACGUGCUGGCGGCGUAUGAGACUUACCGCGGGGACUUGGAUAAGGUCUACGAGUCGGUGCUGCUCUGCAAUGUCCUGGACGACGACGAGCGCUUCCGGGCCAUCAUCGACCGGGCCCUCGCGGAGGGUCGCGCGAAGAAACACAAGAGCUACGUGGAGGAGCCAGCGAAGAAGCGCGAGCGGCGGCUGAAACGCGCCCAGAAGGAGGCCAAGGAGGCGGAGGCGUUGGCGGCGGAGGUCGAGGAGAAGCAAUCGAUCAAAACCGGCAGGGGCGGCAAGAAGUCCACCAAAAACAAAAACGAUGGGGACAACGAGCUGUUGAAGUUGAUCCAGCAACGGCAGGCCACGCGCGGGGAGGCCUUCUUCGAUCGAUUGGAGCAGCAGUACGGGCAGCCCGGUCGAAAGCGCGCGGCCAAGAUGGAUGAACCCCCGGAGGAGGCCUUUGCAGCUACUGCAGCGCGAAAGACAGCCAAGAAGAAGAGAAAAACAGAUGCCUAGACGGAAGGAGGGGAAGCGGUCGGGUCUCUAGUUUUUUUUUUUUUUUUUU